AGGUGUGGGGGUGGGCCAUGAGCACGCCCAGAAAAGGCGCCUUGGCUGGACGGACAAUAGACUCCGUCGUCAGGUAAGAAGGUUGGGGCAGGCGUGGUGCCCCAGGAUAUGAAACUGGGCCACUGCAAGGACCACAGAAGCCCCUCGGUGGAGCUUUAAGAAGUGAUUUGGAAGCUGCUCUGAUGGGUUAGUCCCUGAAUGUUCACCACAGUUACGUGAGCCCUCGCCACUGCCCACCCCAGGGGUGAUGGGACCACAGGUUCCACGCUGAACCCAGGCUGCAUCCCUCAGAGUGGAGCCACCUGAGUGGGCAGGAUGUGCAAGGGUCUCCAGCAUGGCAUGCAGCCCUGAGGUGGUGGCCAUGGAUUGUGAGAUGGUGGGGCUGGAACCCCUGGGGGAGAGUGGCCUGGCCCGCUGCAGCCUAGUGAACCUGCAGGGCACCGUGCUGUAUGACAAGUUCAUCCGGCCUGAGGGGGAGAUCACCGACUACAGGACCCAAUUCAGUGGGAUCACACCUCAGCACAUGGCCACGGCCACCCCGUUUGCCCAGGCCAAGCAGGAGAUCCUGCAGAUCCUCAGAGGAAAGCUGGUGGUCGGCCAUGACCUGAAGAACGAUUUCCAAGCCCUGCAGGAAGACAUGAACAACUAUGCUGUCUACGACACAGCCAUCGACUGGCUGUUGUGGCACGAGGCUAGGCUGGGCGCCUGCAGACGUGUCUCACUGCGGGUGCUGAGUGAGCGGCUGCUACACAGGCCCAUCCAGGACAGCGACCUGGGCCACAGCUCCGUGGAGGAUGCCAGGGCCACCAUGGAGCUCUACCUCGUGGCCCAGCAGAUCCGGGCCAGCCAGGGGCUGCCGUGCCUGCCCACAUCUAACUAAGGCUGCUUUCAGCUGCUGCCCCAGCCGUGGUGCCCAGUGAACCACAGCUCCUGGCCUUCCCUGAAAUUCAUCUUCAGCAGUAAAAUGAC